GCCGCCUCUCCCCGGCGCCCGCCAUGGCGCAGAUCCUCCCCAUCCGCUUCCAGGAGCACUUCCAGCUCCAGAACCUUGGAAUCAAUGCAGCCAGCAUUGGCUUCAGCUCGCUGACCAUGGAAUCCGACAAGUUCAUCUGCGUCCGCGAGCGGGUCGGCGAGCAGGCCCAGGUGGUGAUCAUCGACACCAGCGACCCCGCGGCCCCCGUCCGGCGGCCCAUCUCCGCCGACAGCGCCAUCAUGAACCCCGCCUCGAGGGUGAUAGCUCUGAAAGCCGGAAAGACGCUGCAGAUCUUCAACAUCGAGAUGAAGAGUAAGAUGAAGGCGCACACCAUGACGGAAGAGGUGGUUUUCUGGAAGUGGGUCUCCGUGAACACCGUGGCCCUGGUGACCGAGACCACGGUCUACCACUGGAGCAUGGAGGGCGACUCCCAGCCCACGAAGAUGUUCGAUAGACACGCCAGCCUGGCGGGCUGCCAGGUGAUCCACUACCGGGCCGACGAGGGGCAGAAGUGGCUGGUGCUCGUGGGCAUCUCGGCUCAGCAAAACCGAGUGGUCGGGGCGAUACAGCUGUACUCAGUGGACAGGAAGGUCUCCCAGGCCAUAGAAGGCCACGCCGCCGCCUUCGCGGAGUUCAAGGUCGAGGGCAACGCCAAGCCCUCCACCCUCUUCUGCUUUGCUGUGCAGGGCCCCGCGGGGGGCAAGCUGCACAUAAUCGAGGUCGGACAGCCGGCGGCCGGAAACCAACCGUUUGCGAAGAAAGCUGUGGAUGUGUUUUUCCCCCCGGAGGCGCAGGCCGACUUUCCUGUGGCCAUGCAGAUCGGGGCUAAGCACGGCGUGGUUUACCUGAUCACCAAGUACGGCUACCUUCACGUGUACGACCUGGAGUCCGGCGUGUGCAUCUACAUGAACCGCAUUAGCGCCGACCCCAUCUUCGUGACGGCGCCCCACGAACCGACCUCCGGAAUUAUAGGUGUCAACAAGAAAGGGCAGGUGCUGUCGGUGUGCGUGGAGGAAGAUAACAUCGUACACUACGCAGCCAGCGUGCUCCAGAACCCUGACCUCGCUCUGCGUCUAGCCAUGCGUAGUAACCUGCCCGGGGCAGAGGAGCUGUUUGCAAGAAAAUUCCACACGCUGUUUGCCCAGGGGAGCUAUGCUGAGGCUGCCAAGGUCGCCGCGUCCGCGCCCAAGGGCAUCCUGCGCACCAGCGACACGGUUCGGAAGUUCCAGAGCAUUCCCGCACAGCCCGGGCAGGCUUCUCCUCUGCUGCAGUACUUCGGAAUCCUGCUUGACCAGGGCCAGCUCAAUAAACUCGAAUCCUUAGAACUGUGCCGUCCGGUCCUCCAGCAGGGCCGCAAGCAGCUCUUGGAAAAGUGGCUGAAAGAAGAUAAGGUAGGACCCUGUGGGAGGGCAAGCCCCGGCCCCCCGGUCCCCCAUCCUAACCCUGCCUGCUCUCCCGGGGCCGCUUCGGAAGAUCGCGGCGAUCUGGUCAGGACUGCCGACCCCACCCUCGCCCUGAGUGUCUACCUUCGGGCAAACGUGCCCAGCAAAGUUGUCCAGUGUUUUGCAGAAACGGGCCAAUUUCAGAAAAUUCUACUCUAUGCCAAAAAGGUCGGGUACACCCCAGACUGGAUCUCUCUGCUGAGGGGCGUGAUGAGGGUCAGCCCAGAGCAGGGUGUGCAGUUCGCGCAGAUGCUGGUGCAGGACGAGGAGCCGCUGGCCGGCGUCAGCCAGAUUGUCGACGUUUUCAUGGAGAACAGCUUAAUUCAGCAGUGUACCUCCUUCUUACUGGACACCUUGAAGAAUAACCGCCCAGCCGAGGGGCCCCUCCAGACCCGGCUGCUGGAGAUGAACCUGAUGCACGCUCCCCAGGUGGCCGACGCCAUCCUGGCCAACCAGAUGUUCACUCACUACGACCGGGCCCACGUGGCCCAGCUGUGCGAGAAGGCGGGCCUCCUGCAGAGGGCGCUGGAGCACUACACCGACCUGUACGACAUCAAGAGGGCCGUGGUCCACACGCACCUCCUCAACCCCGAGUGGCUCGUCAGUUUCUUCGGCUCCCUGUCGGUGGAGGCCUCCAUGGAGUGCCUGCGUGCCAUGCUGUGUGCCAACCUCCGACAGAACCUGCAGCUGUGUGUGCAGGUGGCCUCCAAGUACCAUGAGCAACUGGGCACGCAGCCCCUGGUGGAGCUCUUCGAGUCCUUCCGGAGUUACGAAGGCCUCUUCUACUUCCUGGGCUCCAUCGUGAACUUCAGCCAAGACCCCGACGUGCAUCUGAAGUACAUCCAGGCCGCCUGCAAGACCGGGCAGAUCAAGGAGGUGGAGCGGAUAUGCCGGGAGAGCGCGUGCUACGACCCCGAGCGGGUGAAGAACUUCCUGAAGGAGGCCAAGCUCACAGACCAGCUUCCCCUCAUCAUCGUGUGCGAUCGCUUCGACUUUGUCCACGACCUCGUCCUGUACCUGUACCGCAAUAACCUGCAGAAGUACAUCGAGAUCUACGUUCAGAAGGUCAACCCCAGCCGGAUCCCCGCUGUGGUCGGAGGGCUGCUGGACGUGGACUGUCCUGAGGAAGUCAUUAAAAACCUCCUCACGGUGGUGACGGGGCAGUUCUCCACCGACGAGCUGGUGGCCGAAGUCGAGAAGAGAAACAGGCUCAAGCUGCUGCUUCCCUGGCUGGAGUCCCGGGCUCAGGAAGGCUGUGAAGAGCCGGCCACCCACAACGCACUGGCCAAAAUCUACAUCGACAGCAACCACAGCCCCGAGCGCUUCCUCAGGGAGAACGCCUUCUACGACAGCGGCGUGGUGGGCCGCUACUGCGAGAAGAGGGACCCACACCUGGCCUGCGUGGCCUACGAGCGGGGCCGCUGCGACCUCGCCUUCAUCAAGGUGUGCGACGAGAACUCCCUGUUCAAAAGCGAGGCCCGCUACCUGGUGCGCAGGAAGGAUCCAGAACUCUGGGCUCACGUCCUUGAGGAGACCAACCCGUGUCGGAGACAGCUCAUCGACCAGGUGGUACAAACGGCGCUGUCGGAAACGCAGGAUCCAGAGGAGAUCUCCGUCACGGUCAAAGCCUUCAUGACGGCCGACCUGCCGAGCGAGCUGAUGGAGCUGCUGGAGAAGAUCGUUCUGGAAAACUCCGUCUUCAGUGAGCACAGGAAUCUCCAGAACCUGCUGAUCCUGACGGCCAUCAAGGCCGACCACACGCGGGUCAUGGACUACGUCAGCCGCCUGGACAACUACGACGCCCUGGACAUCGCGGGCAUCGCCGUGAGCAGCGCGCUGUACGAGGAGGCCUUCGCCGUCUUCCGCAAGUUUGACGCCAACGCCUCCGCCAUCCAGGUCCUGAUCGAGCACAUCGGGAACCUGGACCGGGCCUAUGAGUUUGCAGAGAGAUGCGGUGAGCCGGCCGUGUGGAGUCAGCUGGCCCGGGCCCAGCUCCAGAAGGACCUGGUGAGGGAAGCCAUCGACUCGUACAUCAGAGCGGACGACCCUUCCUCCUGCCAGGAGGUGGUCCAGGCGGCCAGCAAGAGCAACCACUGGGAGGAUCUAGUCAAGUUCCUGCAGAUGGCCAGGAGAAAGGGCCGCGAGUCCUACGUAGAGACGGAACUUCUUUUUGCCUUGGCCAAGACGGGCCAUCUGUCUGAGCUGGAGGACUGUAUUAACGGCCCCAACAAUGCCCACAUCCAGCAGGUCGGAGACCGCUGCUACGAGGAGGGGCUAUAUGAGGCUGCCAGGCUGCUCUACAGCAGCGUGUCCAACUUCGCCCGCCUGGCGUCCACCCUGGUCCACCUCGGGGACUACCAGGCCGCCGUGGACAGCAGCCGCAAGGCCAACAGCACCCGGACCUGGAAGGAGGUGUGCUUCGCCUGCGUGGCCGGGCAGGAGUUCCGCCUGGCGCAGCUGUGCGGCCAACACAUCGUGGUGCACGCAGACGAGCUGGAGGACCUCAUACAGUGCUACCAGGAGCGCGGCUACUUUGAGGAGCUGAUCUCCCUGCUGGAGGCGGCCCUGGGCCUGGAGCGGGCGCACAUGGGCAUGUUCACGGAGCUGGCCAUCCUCUACUCCAAGUUCAAGCCGGAGAAGAUGGCCGAGCACCUGGAGCUCUUCUGGUCCCGCGUCAACAUCCCAAAGGUGCUGAGAGCCGCGGAGCAGGCGCACCUCUGGGCCGAGCUGGUGUUCCUCUACGACAAGUACGAGGAACACGACAACGCCGUCCUCACCAUGAUGAGCCACCCCACCGAGGCCUGGACAGAAGGUCAGUUCAAGGACCUCGUCGCCAAGGUGGCCAAUGUGGAGCUCUGUUACAAAGCCCUGCAGUUCUACCUGGAUUACAAGCCCCUGCUCCUCAACGACCUGCUGCUGGUGCUGUCGCCCCGGCUGGAUCACACCCGGACGGUCAGCUUCUUUUCAAAGGCGGGCCAGCUGCCCUUGGUGAAGCCUUACCUGCGGUCGGUGCAGAGCCAGAACAACAAGAGCGUGAACGAGGCGCUCAAUCACCUGCUCAUCGAGGAGGAGGACUACCAGGGCUUGAGGGCAUCCAUCAACGCCUAUGACAACUUCGACAGCCUCGGCCUGGCCCUCGGCCUGGCGCGGCGGCUGGAGGAGCACCCGCUGAUGGAGUUCAGGCGCAUCGCGGCCGGUCUGUACAAGGGCAGCAGCCGCUGGGCCCAGAGCCUGGCGCUCUGCAAGAAGGACCGGCUCUACAAGGACGCCAUGCAGCACGCUGCGGAGUCGCGGGACGCCGAGCUGGCAGAGCAGUUGCUGCGGUGGUUCCUGGAGGAGGGCAAGCGCGAGUGCUUCGCGGCCUCGCUCUUCACCUGCUACGACCUGCUGCACCCGGACGUGGUGCUCGAGCUGGCCUGGAGACACGGCCUCAUGGACUUCGCCAUGCCCUACUUCAUCCAGGUGAUGCGUGAGUACCUCAGCAAGGUGGACAGACUGGAUGCCUUGGAGAGCCUGCAUGAGCACGAGGAGCCUAUGGGGGAGCCUGUCCCCCUCACGUUUGAUUUUGAUGGGCAUGAAUGAGACCCAGCCGAGUGAGCUAAGCCAGCAGCUGACACUGACACUGACAGCUGGACCUGCCACCAGCCUAGCCCCUGCCGGCUUCGCCUCCAGCUCUGCCACCACUCCUGCCGUCACCCAGGCUGCGGUGGAGUGGUGCUCAGUGUGGACAGCCACUCCGCUGUCUUCAGGAAGCUUGCCACCACGGAAGCACAGGAGACCCUAACGGGAGGAAGGACACCUGGACAUAAUUUAUUUUUGCAGCCUCUGAGCCCUCCCAGAGCCAGGAUGGAUGUCGCCUGCCUCUAGGCUCUGGCUGCAGCCAGGCAUUCCUAGGGAGGUUCCUAGCAGCAAGGAUUCGCUGGUGCUUGGUGGGACGGGUGCCCUUUCUUCACCCCACACUGGUUAGAGCUGCCGCUCCAGGCCCUCACCGACACAUGAAUGUCUUGUGUGGAGAUAACCAGCCCGCGGAGCAUGGCUCUGAACCGCCUGCCGAGCGAGAAUAUUAAAGUCGGUUUAUCAA